UUGGACAUUUGGAACUUGAGUUGUUUAUGACAACUUCUCACCCGAUACGCUGAAAUGACUCAUCAGAAGGUUCCCAAUGUCAUAGAACGCCCGCUUCCCAACGGCGUCAUCUACGACAUGUCAACCGUCGGACAAGUACGAAUCACACUCCCCGAAUCUUCAACUUGGUCAAGCGGUCUUCAUUGGCAUGAAAUUCACGACGAGUACUUGAAAGUGGUCAAAGGAACAAUUCGAGUCCGAUUGGGAGAUUUGCGACAAGUCAUCAGCGCUACCGAUGGUAAUCAGCCUGAGGUCAAAGUCCCGCGUUAUACGUGGCAUGAAUGGCAGCGAGCGGCGCCGAAGGGCGAAGAGGUUGUCGUGAUUGAGAGGACAGAGCCAGAUGAUAACGACAAAGCCAUUUUCUUUUGGAAUCUCAAUGGCGUUAUUCUCAACAGUCCCAAAAUGCUGAGAGAUGAGACCUCGUUGGUAUCUAGGUUGCCAUCGAGGCUGCAAGGACUGCUUCUUGAUAUAUGGAUUCCUCUCAAUCUGUUCAUCAUUUUUCGGUCCUUGGACAACAUUCCUGUUUUCUUGAACGCGCCCAACCUUUCGCGAGUAUCAGAUAACAGAUUGAGGAGCUUGUUACAGAACAUCGAUAUAGUGGUCUCGCACAUCAUUCUACUUGCUGCUUCUUGGGUUGGAUGGGUUUUGGGCUUACAGCCGAUUCAACGGAGAUACACACCUGAGGAUGCGUAUACGAAAUGGCAAUCGCGACAAAACUUUCCUAAGAAAACCGCAUGAUCGGCAGACAGAGUCCAGGGAUUUGAGGUCAUGAUCAAGUUCAUCUGCUUGAUAGAAUGAGCCAGACAGUUGUAGGCCUAGAGUUUUGAGAUAGCCGUCUAUUACGAUAUACUAUCUCAAUAUCCAAGUGGGAUAUAUCAAGAUUCUAUAUAAUAUCUUGGAAAACAUCAUAUUUUAUUAUGCAUCGCCA